AUGGAGAUGACCAGGGCCCAGGGCAAUGGGGAACUACCGUCUAGUGCAGAGAGUGUUUGUAUGGAUGAUGAAAAAGCCUGGAGGGCAGACGGGGGUGACGAUUCCAAGAACAACGUGAAUGUACCUCAUGCGGCUGAUUUAUACACUCGACCCGGAGGCACACUCGGAGAGGUCGGGGCGCGCGCCGGCCGGGCGUCGCCGGGGGCCGUGCGGGCGGCGCGGCCCGCUGGGAGGAGGGGGGGGGGGGGGACGGGCGCACGGCCCGCGAGGCCACGACGCCGAGGCCUGUGCAGGGACGACGGCGCGGCCCCCGUAGACGGCGGCGCGGUGGACGCGGGAUCCCGGCGCUGUCGGGCCGCGCGGCCGCGCCCGGCCCGGCCUGGGGGUAAAAGCCCAGCUCCCCCCCGGGCCGCCCCUGCCCCGCCGGGAGCCCGGCCGCCGCCGCCGCCGCCGCCGCCGCCCGGCGCACAACAAAGCGGCGCAGCCCCGCCGGCCGGGCGCUCGCUCCCAACUUGCCCGGCCCCGCGGACGCCGGACGGCCCGCGACGACGCGCCGCCAGCGGAGGCGGCUCCGGGCCCGAGCCGGGCGGGGGCCGUGGCGGGGGAGUGGGGGGGGGGGGCAGGGCUCAGGGCUUCGCUCGGGACAAACUUCCUCGGCCGCCCCGCUCCCCGCCCCUCGGCCCGGCCGCCCCGCCGAGUCGGGCGCCCCUCCCGGAGCCGCGGCCCGCGGCGGCCCGAGGGCGGGCGCGGGGAGCCCCAGGGCCCCGCCGGCCCGCGGAAACUUCCAGCCGCCCCGCCGCGGCCCCUGGCCGCACGCCCCCCGCCCCUGCCCCUUCACCUCCUGGGGCGCGGUCUACACCCUCCGGGGCGUCCUCGCCCGCGGCUCCGGGGCCUCGCGCGCCGGGGGACCGGGCGCCGGUGGCUGGAGCUGCUGUUGGCCCCGCGGGGACGGGGGAGCCCCGGGCGGCGGCGACGCGGGCGGCGGCUGCUCCAUCUUCCCGGGGCGCUCACGCCGAGGUUCCAGCGCGCAGACCCAAGUGGGACAUUCGCUACAUUGUUGGCAUUCCACGGGCGUCACGUGACCCCGCCUCCCGCGUCACUCUCGGCCGCAUACCAGCCCGGGCGGGGCGCCUGCGGCCCUGGCUGCUCGGCGGCCGGCCCGCCCCGCUCCGCCCCGCCGCCGCUUCCUGCCUCCCGGUCGCGGCCGCCCCAGCCCGCCGCCACCUGCCCGCGGCCUCCCCGCCGGCGCUCGCGGACCUUUCUGCCGCUCUGUCACCCGCCCCCGGCUCCAGUACUGCCCCUUCGACCGCGCUGGUAUGAAAGUUGGUAACUCCGUCCUUAAAGCCGCCGUUAGGCAUCUCAGACCAGCCUUGGUGGAGAAAGUAAGUUAACAGGCCUGAAGGAGCCACCGAGUUACCAAACAGACGCCAGCUGCUGAGAGUAAGGGCAGAAGAGGACAGACGGCCGUUUGUCCGUGGCAUCAAGUACUAAAGAAGGACGUCCGGAUGUGUAUCCAAAUGUAAUCAGUUUGAGUUCAGUGCAGCCCCACGGCCGUGGCUAUUUUGUCUGCGGGAAGUGUCUCGCGAUGCGCGUGUUUCAAGACUAUGUGGAUGGUCUCGUAGACCAGCAAGUGACUUUUGCAAUCCAGCCCCUCGACUGUCUUUCCAUUUGUGAGCUCUGGAUGCGGUACAGGGCAUAUGCAGGGAUUGUGCGGAGACGUGAGCUCGUGCUUCCUGCCACGCACAGACUGCGGCAGGUGAUGGUAGGGACCAGCAUCGUUGUAAAAGCAAAUCCAGUUUCCUUUUUCAUUAACAAACUCUUGUGAAGUUUUUAAAUUUUAAUUUGAAAAGAAACGGUAACGAAGGUCGUCGUGUCCGGACGUUUUUCACGACCUUACCAGUCCCCGGUCUGUCCUGCUGUGCUCUCGCCUCUCUCCCUGCCACCUAGGCUUCCAGCCCUGCCUCUGCCUUAGCUCUUCCAGGGGAUCUUCCCACACAGCCCUCCUGUUUUCUGUCCGCUUUGAGCUCUGACAUGGAGACUGCAAGAAGAUGCACCCAAUUCAGGACAGCUGUUGCCUACGUGGAAGGAGGGAAACCAGACUGAGGAGGGAAGAAUGAGGACUUGAACUUUACCUCCAGUGUGUUACUUCUUGUAUUUAAAAAAGCAAUGCAAAACUGUCAAAACCUUAAAAUUUGUUGAUUCCGGGCAAGUAGGUUCAA